AUGGAUUCAUAUCGCCCUUCUGGAGAGAAUCGUCGUCCUUACCGGGACAGCGACUCUUAUCGGCCCCGCCACUACGAACCUCCUCCCCCACCUUGGGCUCCUUCUAACGCGGGCGGUGGAAUGUAUUACUUCCAAGGCUCACGCGACAGAGAACCAUCAGGGCCGUCCAGCUAUCGUCCGAGGCCUGACUAUCGCAGGGGGCGAUCUCAUCCUCCGCGACGAGAACAAGCCCGCAGACCUCCUCCACCUUUUCCCAAGACAGCAGCAAAUAGACCUCUGCUCAACCUUCGCCAUGACGACUCCACAGAUUCUUCCCUUACAGAUCCCAACUCGACCUCCAAGUCUAAGUUUCGCAACGUUGAUGAGCUCACUGAUAGCGAAGAAGAAGAAAUGGCGCAAUCCGAGGAUGAAGAGUUGGACCGACCAGCCACCAAACGUGCGCGACUAAAUGGGACUGAUCCGACCGUUGCAACUACCGUGCCAAAAUGGUCAAACCCCGAUCCAUACACUGCACUUCCUCCUCCAGCAGAGGCGACUGCCAAACGCAUUGAUGUCGUCAAAUUGAUUCGGAAAGCGCGCAUCGAUGGCGCCCGCAAUCUCGAUAAGGUUGGUACCGCACAUGACUUUAUCUCCUUGGAGGGCGAUGAACACAAGCCCGGUGAACAAUCUGUGUCUCCUCCGCCUCACCCGCAAACUCCCAUCAUCCCCCAAGCAUCGGCUCCUCAAGCGGAGGUCAAAACCACUGUCACAGGCAAGAGAAAACGAGGUGCUUCUCUUGGUGAAGAAACACCGCUACCCCGAUCAGACGACCAAAUCUAUGCCGAUCGACAUGUGCAAGAAAAGUGGAAAGCCACGCCUGGGGUUGAUACGACGCCGUGGUUGGCUGCUCAUCCUCCCAGCGACAUCCCUUUAGUUGCGUUCCACAAAGAGAUCAUUGACUUCUACGAUUGGGUGAAGCCAAAACCUCACGAGGAGGAAGUUCGUGGCGAGGUGUUUCAACGCCUCAAUACCAUCUUACAAAGUUUCAAGUUCGGAGAACUGAAAGCAUUCGGAUCUUAUGCUGCUGGGCUGUACUUGCCUACCGGAGAUAUGGACCUUGUCUACUUGACUCGCAACUUUAGGCCUGGCCGAUUUUCCCAGGAAGACGCGAGGCGACUUGUUUACGACUGCGCCAGGUUCCUGAGGGGGAAAAACGUUGCUCAAGGAGCCAUCGUACCCAUCCCCAAGGCCAAAGUACCGAUAAUCAAGUUUGUUGACAGGAUCAGCGGUCUCAAGAUUGAUCUCUCUUUCGACAACGACACUGGCGUUGUCGCUAUUGAUACAUUCCACAAAUGGAGGCAAGAAUACCCUGUCAUGCCUAUAAUUGUGUCGGUGGUGAAGCAAUAUCUGAUGAUCCGAGGGUUAAAUGAUGUUUCAACUGGUGGUUUGGGUGGCUUUUCGACUAUUUGUUUGGUCACCAGCCUCCUUCAACAUCUACCUGCUCUUAAGCAGCCAAUCAAUCUUGGCGAUGUCCUACUGGAGUUCUUUAACUACUACGGAAACCUCUUUGAUAAGAAAUCGGUGAUAAUCCGACUCGAUCCCCCUGGAUAUUUAAACAAGACGUCUUACCGGCCUCGGUUCGAUGACAGAGAAGUGAGACGACUGACUAUCAUUGAUCCGCAUCGCGCAGAUAACAACAUCUCUGGAGGGACUAAGGAAAUUGAUAAGAUCUUCAAAUGCUUCUCCGAAGCAUACAAGGCCCUUACAAGUCGACUUUCCGCCUAUGAAAGACGAAAUCCACAGGCUCCUCAGGGCAGCUUUUUGGAAUGUCUCAUUGGUGGUAACUUCACGUUGUACGAUUUACAGAGAAAGAAAUUGCGUGGCCUCUGUUCCAAUGAUCACGAUAACGUUGCAAAGAAGGGGGGAUAUGCGUCUGGCGUGUCUUAUCGACCAGCUGUUGUCGAUGCACGUGACAAACAGAAUGAUCUUCGAGAUGAAUCUGGCAUCUUCGCAGAGAGAACAGCUGCACCAACGAAGAAGUUUGGUAAAGGCGAGAGAAGAGCGAAGCGACUCAAGCACCUACGACCCGACCUUGCCCCAUCGAUACGGAAUACUAUUAGCCUCAUCGAUGCCUUGAAGAUCGGAGGCUACAAAACACCAGAAGAGAUGGACAAUGACCUCCAGGUACGAGAAGCGGCGGCGGCGAAGAUUGCUGCAGCUAGAGUCAAAUGA